AUGCCGGCCAUCACCGCCUACCUUCCGGCCUUGAUUCCAGUGACAUCGUUUAUCCUGUCCAGCUUCAUCUCCUGCGUCGCGCUGAAUGUCUCGCAGCGCUAUCGUCUCUACUUCCUCCCGGCCAUCCUCCUCCCGGCAAUCCUCUCCUUUACCACUCUCAACUACCUCGCCUUUCUGCCGCUUCUCAACCAUCUCUGGGGGUUUGUCGUAAUCAUCUACGUUAUCCACAUCACUUCGGUGCUCUACAUCGAGAAAUGGACCUUGCCAAAUCCAAAACAAUGGGACCUGCACGCCGCGUAUAAGAUCUGGGGAAACCCGCGACUCCUCAACACGCCCCAGGAGGUGCCCAACGCUCCCCGAAUGCAGCAGCAGCAGAACAAGCUUUCAAGAACCGCAUUCGUCCUGAGGCGUCUCUCCAAACUGCUGGUGUAUUACCUGAUCAACACCUACCUCGUCUCGCGCAUCUUCCCUGACGCCUUCAAGCCAUUCUCCAUCGUCGAAUUCGCUCCAGACCAGGAAGUCUACUUCCGCCGGCUCCUGCUCUCCCAAGCCCCCGCGGUGACUGUCCGCGAGACCCUGCUCCGGACAAUCUUUGCCGUCCGCUGGAUCUGGGCCAACGUCAUCGGCAUCGAGUAUGCGCACACGGGAGUCGCCAUUCUCUUCGCGGUCAUCCUGCGGUGGGACGAGCCGCACGAGUGGCCGCCGCUCUUCGGCAGCCCGCUUGAGGCAUACAGUAUCCGGCGGUUCUGGGGCCGGUUCUGGCAUCGGAUCGUGUACCGGCCGUACACGAGCUACGGGGUGUGGGCGUCGCGACAGGUGUUGCGGCUGUCAGCGGGAUCCGCCGCCGAAAAGGUGUUUGUGCCUGCGUUUGUGUUUCUCUUGUCAGGACUAUCCCAUUCGAUGGUCACCUGGCAGACCGGGAAUCGGUGCAGUUACUGGCGCGAUACGAGGUGGUUCGCGCUGAAUUUUGUCGCCGCCACGGGCGAAACGGUGGUGGGGAGGUGGAUGCGCUCCACCGCUAAGACGUCUGGGUGGGGGACGGUCUGGGAAGGAUGGAGGAGGAAUGGAGUUGCCAAAGUAUUGGGCUUUGCCUGGGUUCUUGCGUUUUUCUUCUGGAGCGUGCCCAAGUGGGAGUAUCCGAAGAUUUACUGUGUCACGAUGGGGAUGUAA